UUGCUGAUUGCCUUAUCGGCAUUCGGCAAUGCAAAUGCUAUAUAAAUUUUGUAAUUGGUUUUAUUCGGAUUAGUACUUUCAUAAAAGUAACACACUUUAGUGAAAAAUGAUCAGGACUGUCUUACUCACUUUGUUUCUUUUCGAAACAGUUUUUUGCUUCCCCUUGGAGAGCCGUGUCGUUAAUGGAACAGACGCAUAUCCUGGCGAGUAUCCCUUUAUUGUGUCAUUGCGCAGUUCUUCAGGGUCGCAUUCCUGUGGUGCAAGUAUUAUCAGUAAUAAAUGGAUUCUAACAGCUGCUCACUGUGUUCAAGGAAAACGACCAAGUUCCAUAAGCAUUCAAUAUGGAGUUACAGUAAUUUCAUCAAGUGGACCUAAUGUUGCUACUGUAAAAAAGAUUAUUGUCCAUGAAAAUUAUUCGCCUAUUAACAAUUAUGCUGAUGAUAUUGCCCUCCUUCAACUGGAAGGAAGAUUAUCUAUAAAUGAUAAAACAAUUGGUCAACUUAAACUUCCUAAACAAGGAUUUGAAGUUCCCGCAGAUGAUAUGGGAACUCUUAUAGGAUGGGGACUUGAGAAGACGGGUGGAGUCAUUCAAAAGAAUCUACAACAAGUUCAACUUAAAAUUUAUUCUGAUGAAGAAUGUAAUAAACGACACGAGGGAAUGACUACCGUGCAUCAAAUUUGUGGUGGAGUUGAUGAAGGAGGUAAGGGUCAAUGCAGUGGGGACUCUGGCGGCCCACUUAUUUAUGACGGCUACCAAGUUGGUAUUGUCUCAUGGAGUGUCAAGCCAUGUACGAUAGCUCCAUAUCCUGGAGUAUAUACGAAAGUAUCCCAUUACAUCAAUUGGAUUAUGGACAAAAUUGAAUAAGGCAAUAAAAACUUAGAAAAAGUAAAA